AUGCACAAUAAGAAGGUGACGAAAGAUGAAAAAAAAAAUACUAAGACCAAAGAUGUAAAUGAACAUAUACCGAAUUACAUAAAGAACUUGCCUUGGUACUAUCAAGAUAUUGACAAGAACAGUAAGAAUAAUUCGAAAGAACAGGAUUACCUAAGACACCACAGACAAAGGAGAGAUGACAAGACUAUAGAUAUAGAUAACAAUGAUCAGGCAAAGAUAGGGACCGGUAUCAAAGAUGAGUUUGAAGUGAUUGUCGAAAAUAAAAAAACCACAAUUGAUGGUAUAAUCAAACGUAGAAAAGACGAGAAAGAUUGGGACGCAAGGAAAGAUAGAUGGUAUGGUUAUAGUGGUAAAGAAUACGAAGAAGUCUUAAAAAAAUGGGAAAAGAGUAGAGAAGAUCUCAAUAACACUACUGAAGAAUCUGCUUAUGAUACUGAUGAAGAAAUAGAAAUGAUGAAACUUGGUUUAACCCCUAAAGAUCUCGAACAAAAUAUCAAAGGGUCAUCAGUAAGAUUACGAGAGGAUAAGGCUGCUUAUUUGAAGGAUAUAUACUCAAGUACAACCAACUAUGACCCUAAGUCUAGACUAUACAAGUCGGAUGAUCUGGGUAGUAUUGAUGAACACUCAAACAUGUUUUUACGACAUCUUACUGGUGAAGGUAAAGAACUUAAUGAUCUAAACAAGUUUGCGAGGGAGAAUGCUAAAGAAUCUGGUAUUAGAGACGAACUUGUUGACGCGGAUAAAGUUAAUCAUGUUCUUGUUGCCAAUCCAACAAAAUUAGAGGUACUGAGGAAACAAAAAGAGCUGGACUCUUUAAAACUAACUGAAGAACAAAAUAGACAAGAACAAAGAAAGCUGAAGAGAAAAGCCAAAUUGCUAAAGAAGAAAGCCAAGAAACCAAAAGGAACACCACAAUCUGACUCUACUAAAGCUCAACUGAUGGAUAUGUACGGUUGA